AUGUUUGUGAACAAUACUGUGAGUUUUCUAUAGAGUAGAGUGCUAAAAUAUUGAUCAGCGUAAAACUUUUGAAGCAAAAUCUCCAACGUGGCAAUCAAUAAAUGAUAAAUUCGAAUUUGCAUGCCCAGAUGGUUGGCAAUCUUUCAAUAGAGCAAGAGGAACAUAUUGCAUGAAAAUGUUUUACUCAAGUUAUCCACAAUAUAUUGCGGCUGCUCAAUGUGCAUUAUCAGAUGCAUAUUUACCUGGAAUUGAAUCUGAAACUGAAUUUAUGUGGAUCUAUUGUAAGUACAUAUUUUAUGAAAGCUGGAUUGAAAAAUAG